AUGACCACCACGCAAGUUCGAACCGUCCCGCCUGUCAUCGAGGCAGAGCAGUCACCCAAAGAUGCACAUAACUCUGGCCAACAGCCAGCCCCAUCUAACAAGUCUGUCAGCAACAAUGACGAGCCUUUCAAAGAAGGCCUGCAAACGUCGGAAAUGCAAGACUCACAGCCUGCGCAACCCAAACACGAGCACGACCACGACCAGGAGCACGACCACAACACUGACAGGGACAAGGCUGCAGCUUUGUUGAUCCAGCGCAACUACCGAGGUUACCGCACUCGCCGUCAGCUCGACGGAUGCAACAUCUCGGCGGAUACCCGCUGGUCCGACGCCGUUCACCGCAUGCGUCUCGAACAAGCAAAUAAGCACUCCAACACGGGUCACAACGAUGCCACCUCCCGAUGGAAGCGAGGCAAGCUGCUCGCAGGCCAACUUUCAGGUGGUGAAAAGAUGGACUCCACUGGCGAGAAUGAGGACGGCAACGGCCGAACCGACCAGCCAGUUGAAGGCGGUCCGUCCCUCGAGCCUCCUAACAAUCAAGAGGGCGAGCACUCGAUGGUCGAAGCAGGCACCAAGGUCGGCGACGUUCCCGGUGGCCAGGACGGCGACAAGGUCGACAACAUCCGUAGCAUCGCUCAACCCAAGCAGAAGGGCCUCAAGCUAAUCGAAUGGUGGACUCGCGGUGGCAAGGCGCAAGAGCUUAGUAAAAUGAUGGAGGAGCAGUACUGGCUAGAAAUGGUCGAUCGCAAGCAUCGCUACGGCUCCAACCUCAAGUACUAUCACAAAGCCUGGCAAGACGCCGACACCAAAGACAAUUUUUUCCAAUGGCUCGACCAAGGCGAUGGUAAGAAAAUCAGUCUCGACGACUGUCCACGCGAACGUCUUGACUCGGAGUGUGUCAUCUACCUCAGCUCAGAGCAACGACGUAAUUACAUUGUCGAUGUCGAGAACGGCAAGCUCAUCUGGCGGAGGAACGCAAAACCCGUCGAUACCAAGCGAAACAAGCACAAGGAUCUGGGCAAAGGCAGAGGCAUUGGCGACAUUGAUCAAGACGAGCAGAACCAGAUCCGCGAGGAUCGCAAACGCCGUGCGCUCCGACGUGGCGUGUCGGAAAGUUCGUUGGAUUCCUUCCUCGACCGCUCUUCCUCGUCGUCCUCUUCGUCGUCUGACUCGAGCGAUGACCAAGAUUUGUCCAAGGAACAGCGCACUGAGGCAGCCAAACACUACCAGUCCAAACGCAGCGGCAAGUCGAGACACCUCGAUGCAUUGAGUCCGUCCAAUUGGUCCGACAUGCUCCUGCGCAAGACCAUCGGCAACAACACGUGGAUCUACGUUUUCAACUCUCGACACGAGCUCUACGUCGGCUUGAAACAAACCGGCUACUUUCAACACUCUUCCUUCCUCUACGGUGGUCGUGUGCUCUCGGCCGGCUUGCUCAAAGUGGACAAUGGUACGCUCACAAGCUUGAGCCCACUCUCGGGACACUACCGUGCUGGAACCGCUCAUUUCCGAUACUUUGUCAAGAAGUUGCAGGACUCGGGUGUCGAUCUUGAGCGUGUCACGCUGUCCAAGAGUCUGUUGAUGCUAGCCGGUAUGGAACAGUACGGCAAGCUUAUGAGCAAGACCAAGUCGUCCAAAAAACACGAUAGAAAGAAGAAGGACAAAACCACAACCAAGGCCAAGAGUGACCAAGACCAGGACGAGGAUCGGAAAGCGGGAAAGCAGUCGCUGGCAAGUAGGCUCAAACAGAAGUUGAAGCUUGGUUCGAGCAAGCAUGUCGAGGAGCAAUCUUGA